GUUUUUUUUCUUUAGAAGUAAACAUGGAAAAUAUUACAAAUUCAUUACCAACACGUUACUUGUGGAAGAUUGAAUCAUUUUCAUUGCUCUCACAAAAUGGUACUUCAAAGUAUGAAUCAAAUGUGUUCGAAUCCGGUGGCUUCAAUUGGAAAAUGAUGAUUUAUCCUGAUGGAGACGGAGAUGGAGCAGGUCAUAUAUCUGUAUACUUGGGUAUUAUUGAGAAAAGUGCUGUUUGGGAGGUGAAUGUCUCGUUUAGCUUCGUGAUAUUCGAUCAAAUUCAUGACAAUUAUAAUGUAAUGAAAGGAAUGGAGAGACGUUUUCACAAUAUCAAGACUGUAUGGGGCUUUUCGAAAUGUAUCUCUCAUGAAACAUUAAAAGAUCCCACUAAUGGUUACGUUGUUGAUGACAAAUGUGUCGUUGGAGUUGACAUAUAUGUCGUGAAGAAGCAGGGAAUAGGUGAAUGUAUGUCCUUAUUGAAUGGCACCGAGCCUUAUAAGCACGAAUGGAAGAUUACUGAGUUUUCAAAAUUGAAGAGAAAAGUAUACUAUUCUGAACAGUUUAUUCGUGAUGGUUAUAAAUGGAAACUUUUGUUAUAUCCUACAGGUGACAACCGAGAAAAUGGUAAGAACAUCUCCGUCUAUCUUGAAUCAGUUGAUGCUAAAGGAUUCAAUCGCCAAAAAAGAGUCAAGGCAAAAUUUAGCAUUUCUCUCAAAAACCAGAAUGGUGGUGAACAUCACAAGAGGAGUGGUGGGGCGAAUUGGUAUUCAGCUGCUUCAUACAGUUGGGGCUGGUCAUCGUUUAUGCGAUGUUGUGAAUUGAAUGAUCGCUUUCUUAUUGAAGACUGUUGCGUUCUGGAAGCUGAGGUUUCUGUCGUUGGUGUCGUUAAUUGUUUAACUUAAAAAUCUUUGUAUUAGCACUUUAACUAUGUUCUUUAAGUUCGCUUGAAACGUCUUUCUGUUUCCUUUGACCACACUGAAUUGAGAUCUUUAAACUUUGAUCAUUUUUACUGGUGCCCAUUAAUUAUUGAUUUGUUAACUUAUUUAAGCUGUGCAACCUAUACUAUGAGUUCAGCCACAGCACUUAAUACUUUGAGGUGAUCGCGCAGUCACAAUCCAAAAGUUCUACUGUCACAAUCCCUACUUUUGGGACUGUGACUGUCUCAUGCACUGCGCGAUCAUCUCUAGCUCGUGCAUAAGUGCUGCAUGCCCGUCU